UGCUAAUAUAAAUCUCAGCAUCACCCAUGCCUACAUUAUGAUUAUUUGUCUAGUACCUUAUCAACACAGUAUCUUGAGAUCAAAAUGGCAAAUAUGCUUGUUUCAAGCUGGGCUAAGAACGUUGACACAAUGCCUGAAAAUUAUGUAAUGCCACCUGAUAAAAGACCUGGUGAACUUGUCUCAAUUGGUAGCAACAUCCCAGUGAUUGAUCUAGCAAAAUCAUCCAAUCAUGCUGGUAUAGUCCAAGAAAUACUAAAAGCCAGUCAGGAAUUUGGUUUAUUUCAGGUUAUAAACCAUGGAAUAUCGGAGAAGCUGAUGGAUGAUGUAAUGGAUUUAUUUAAGGAGUUGUUCGACAUGUCUGCUGAGGAGAAGGAAAACUUUUGCUCUAAGGUUUCAAAUACGAGCUGCAAAUUAUAUGGAAGUGGGAUGAAUUACGCUGACGAAGAGGUACAUUAUUGGAAAGAUCUUCUCAUACAGCCCGUGUUUCCCAUUGAAGAACAGAGACAACCUUGGCUUGACAAGCCAGCUAGAUACAGGGAUCUAGUUGAAACAUAUUCAGCAGAGAUGAGGACUUUGAGCAAGAGGAUCUUGGAACUGAUGGGUGAAGGAGUGGGACUAGAAGAAGGGUAUUUUGGGAAGGAGUUGAGUGAAAGACAGGCCCUGAUUGUGAACCAUUAUCCCCCUUGUCCAGACCCAAGUUCAGCCAUGGGUUCACCUCCUCAUUGUGACCCUAACCUCUUAACUUUCCUUCAGCAAAAAGUUUAUGGACUUCAGAUCUUCAAAGAUGGCCACUGGAUUGGGGUUCAUCCUCUUCCCUAUGCAUUUGUUGUCAUCAUUGGUUACCAGCUGCAGAUUAUCAGCAACAAUAAGCUAGUAGCUGGCGAACACCGUGCAGUUACGAAUUCAGAAAGUGGUCGGACUUCAAUAGGGACUUUUGUUGCUCCUGCUGGAGAUUGCAUAGUGGAGCCAACAAAGGCUCUUGUCAAUGGUGGCAGUCCUGCACUUUUUCGGGCUUUCAAAUAUCAGGAGUUUCUUGAUGACUUUGUGGCCAAAAAGGAUUCUCAGAAGACACUAGAGGCGUUCAAGAUUAAACCUUAGUAAUUGCUAAACAAAUGGACAUUAUAUUGCUUCAAGACUUGUCUAAUGAAGUAUUCUAUUUCAGGCUUUUCGUGGACUAGAAAUGUCCCCAUAUGCAAUAUGAUGCUUAAUAAAUAUUGGAACUACUCCCAUGCAGUUUAUGAAACUAUAUCCGUUUCUUUUA